AUGGUUUUCUUUUGGAUCAAGGGUAAAGCGGGAAGUGGCAAGUCAACGAUAAUGAAAUUCGUUUUCCAACAGACUCUUACAUCAAAAGAUGGGAGAGACGUAAACAUCUCAUUUUUCUUCAACGCAAGAGGCGAGGAACUGGAGAAGACGACACCGGGGAUGUACCGAUCGUUGCUGUUCCAGCUGCUAGAAUUCGUUCCGGAGCUUCAGGUCCUGCUAGAUGAACUUCGUUCCUUCAAAUACCCCGAAAGUUAUGAGAACCAUUCUUGGAACAUUGAGAUACUCCAGCAUAUCCAUCUAUGGCUCUGGAAAUACUUUGAACCAGCCUUGAGUCUCCCUAUAUAA